CCCAGACCCCCCACCCCAAAAAAUUCCCCCCCAAACCCAUUUUUCCCUCCGCCCAAAUUCUCUCUCCACCGGCACUGGCGCCGUGAUCCCACCGAAACCGGCGCCGUGAUCUCCUCUCCCCCACCGUCACUGCCACCACCCGACCCCUUUCCUUUCUCCCUUUUUCUUCCCCAACCCAUUUUAUCCCCCCACAGGCACCGUGCGUCCUCUCCUCUCCUCUCCCCACCCCACCGUCACCGCCGCCGACGACCACCUCCACUUCCUUCCAUCAGCUCCGGCCGGAACCCAUUCCCCCACGAGAGGCAGCUCUUCAACUCUUCCCCCCAAACCCUAAUUUUUCUGAAACCCAAAAUGCUCCCCAGUCCGCCAUCUUCAAACGCCUGAAAGGCCACCGACGCAGUUCGUUCUGCAAGCCGCAGCUCGACAGAUACGGCCACGCGUCCACCUGCUGCUACCCCCGGUCGUGGCCAAUCCCCUUCGGUCACUCCUCCAUCAGUUGCUGCCCCAAAUUGUGAAACGAGCCGUAUUCCCUACUGCCAUGGCUUCCAGGUUGCAAUACCUCAGAAGGCUCCCAAGGCUUUUAAAGCCUUCUUCUUCCUCUUCUUCUUCUUCGACGAUCCGUAGAUUCAGUUUUCUGCUUCUAGAAGCUUCGAGGUCUGAGACAACUCGGUGGUCUCCUGCUUGUAGAACCUUCUGCUCUCGUCCACUGAAUCUCGGAGACGACCCUCAAGGCCCUGCCGCCAUUGAUUACAGUUCUGUACUGCAAGAGGAUGAGUUUCACAGGCUAAGCAAUUCCACAAUACAUCACCUCCUAGAGAAACUCGAGGAAUAUGGUGAUAAUGUUGAAAUAGAUGGCUUUGACGUAGACUAUGGGAAUGAGGUGUUAACCUUGAAACUCGGGGAUCUGGGUAUGUAUGUGUUGAACAAACAAACACCAAAUAGACAAAUUUGGCUAUCUUCCCCAGUGAGUGGUCCGGCGAGGUUUGAUUGGGAUCGGAACGCUCAAACCUGGGUCUAUAGGCGGAGCAAAGCAGAUUUACUGAAUAUGUUAGAAGGUGAGCUGGAGCAACUGUGUGGUGAACCCAUCAGUCUUUCUUAGACUACAGCAAAAGCUGUGAUGGGAAGUUUUGUUUCAGUUCUGAUACGUUUUUAGCAAUUUCGUUAAAAAAGAGAAUUUCAGAAAAAACAGAGGAAAAGGAAUUUCGUUAAAAAAGUCCAUUAUGAAUAGCCUACCAAUUGUUAAUAUAUCCAAGGUGAACCAAUUAAAACGCGACAUGUGAACGAAGAACGUAUUAAUAGUUCCCAUUUGCCAUAUGUCAGCAAUGUACCUCCAUCCCACGUAAACAAUGUUAUGUGUGUCUUUUAAAAUAGAAAUAAAUAAAAAAGAUUGCGAGGGUGCUGGAAAGUGGAAACUACCCUCCACGAAGCUCCCAAUGUUCCCAUUCCCGACGAAAGAAGGACGAUUCAUUCUACGCCAAUCUUUGCGUAAAAACGACUAGAUACGCUCCUUCUUUACCCCACACGAUCAAAGCUGUGGACGCGAAGUUCUCUCUUUCUCUCAUAUAUAUAUAUAUAUAUAUAAUAGAAGAGUUAAAAAAAGGUAAAUAAUUUGCUUUUGAGUUUUUGGCCACAAAUCACGCGUUCACAUUAGCCGAAUCCAGUUCUUCUAAUUAUUUUGUAUUUUAUCUCUUCAACCCGUCAAAAAAAGAAAAAGGGAUUUCCUUUAUCCUUUAGAAAUAAGUAUUUAUUUUGAAAGCUGGGAAGAUCAUGGCCAUUGAUUCGCUUAGAGUAGUGAUACAAGUUACACCGGC